UCUAGAGCUAUUCACAGGUAGUGAUGAACGCGUGAGCGGUUUGAGUCAAAACAUCGCGUACGUGGAUAAAAAAACGUAACGAUUUUGUUGCUUCGCGCUUUCAUUUUUUUGUUUAUGAAAACAGUAAAUCAACUUUCCGGCGGCCGAACUUGGUAGUAAGUGUCGAAGUGUAUUUAAAACAGUAGUGUUGUGAGAUUAAGGUCGACCUACGGUGCGAGUGACGUUCCGGAAUUUCUCUUUUCUGUUACCAGCAUUAUUUAUUUGAGGAAACCUCUAAGGGGGUUAACUGCACUUUUUUACUCAACACCUUCCUUUACACAGUGCUCCGAUUACUCGUCGAGUUUUCAGUGCGGUUUAAUUAAUAUUCGCAGUUUUCCGGCUGGUCGAUGCGCGUGAAGCGACCACCGACAGCAGCAUCAACAACAGGUGUGAAGGUUCGUUGAUUGAUUGCGCUAAGGCGCGUGUGUGUUCUUUCCGGAGUUACCAAAUCUUGCGGACUAAAAGUUAGUUCGUUACAUACGGCUUAGUUUAGCAACUGUGUCUGCAUUGCUGAUAGCUUAUCGACCCCCAUGACAUUUGAAUUCCAAAACAUUCAAAACUGAAACCGGAGGUGCACUACAGGAGCUGUUUAUCGCGCUAUCAGCAAUCGAUUUACGGUAUCUCAGCUGGAAACGGUUCCCGAUUACGAAUGAAUUACAGCUUUGUCGUGCUUGUCAAUUGCUUAGUAAAUUACAUCUACAACCAAGCAACAAUCUAGAAAAUUGAUAAUCGAGCAACAGUUUUCGGUUUCACACAAGACCCACUUAAUUGUUUGAACAAAUAUAUGAAGGCCAUUUACCCCUGCGGAAAGCUACUGACUGAAGAGUACCAACGAAGAAGUUAAAUACAGAGCUAGAAAAUUAUUGAAUCAGCGAUGGCUCCAACACCAGCUUUGCAGGAUGACGAGAGGUUCGCUCUGAUGAAGUUCCGAAGGCAGGUAGCAGAUAUACUUAAACCGGAACACGAUGACUAUUAUCUCCUGCGAUGGUUACGAGCGCGCUCAUGGAACCCGGAGGCAUCGGAAAAAAUGCUGCGUGAGUCAAUGAAGUUUCGGGAACGCUGGAAUGCGGAUGAAAUCGACAAAUGGCCUACACCGCAGAUACUGCUGGAUCUAACACCGCAUGGAGUGUCUGGCUUUGACAAGGAUGGUUCUCCCAUUAUUAUCAUCCCCUUCGCUGGUUUCGACAUCUGGGGCCUACUGCAUACAGUUUCACGAGCGGACAUAGUUCGUAUGACACUCCAGGCAUUGGAGGGCUACAUGAAGUUGGCAUUCGAACAGAGUAAAAAAAUGAACAAUCCAGCCUGCCGACAAGUUGUUGUGAUCUUCGAUAUGGAUAACUUCAACCUAAAACAGUACGUCUGGAGACCUGCUGGUGAGGUUGUUAUUUCGCUGAUCAAAAUGUAUGAAGCGAACUAUCCGGAAAUUCUGAAGUGCUGUUACAUUAUCAACACUCCGAAAGUUUUCGCAUUUGCGUAUAACAUGGUGAAAAAGUUCCUUGGUGAAUACACAAUCGACAAGAUCAAAAUCUAUAAGUCAGACCAGAACAAGUGGUUACCUGCAAUUCUGCAACGUUGUGAUGCAUCCCAAAUUCCCAAGUAUUUCGGAGGAACACAAACGGACGAGGAUGGAAACCCCAAAUGCAUAAGUAAACUCCGCUGGGGUGGCAAAGUACCGGAGUCAAUGUACACCUCCAAAGAGGAUAGUUUUAACAACAAUUUAACCUUCACUGAGACUGAAAUAAGAAAAGGUGGAAAGCUGAAGCUGUCGUUCGACUGCGAGGAUGUGGGCUGCUUCUUGAAGUGGGAGUUUCGUACCUUCGACCAUGACAUCAAGUUCGGCAUCAAAUGUACCAACAAAAAGACUCAAGAAAGUGAGAUCGAGGUUCCUCUGAAACGAGUGGCAUCCCACCAGGUGGAUGAGUCAGGAUUCAUAACUUGCCAACCAGGAUGUACAUAUGCCGUCCUAUUCGACAACUCGUAUAGCUAUUUCAAAAAUAAGAAAAUUCGAUAUUCGGUCCUGAUGACGACUCCACUCAGCGAGAUUGAACAAACGGCCAGUUCAAUUACGGAAGAAGUCGCGGAAGCUACGGAAGAUUAAGCUAACGCUUUGUGGUUUUGUGAAUAAGUUAGGUUCUGUCGUGUAAUAUUAUCGGUUCAACAAAUUUUCACAUUGGUGGAAGAGUGAUAAGGUUUAGAAUACUUUACAAUCCGGCAACUACUUCGGCAGGUUACACAUUUUAUUUUCGUAUACCAUUUAGAACUCUUUAUACUAUGUGCUAUAUUGUUCUAGAUUUGUUUCAAUUCUUUUUUGUUAACCAAAGAACUAAGCAUUGUUUGCUUGAACUGUUCUUUUUUUCUAGUAGGAAUUCGCAUAACAACAUGGAAGAAAGAUUAAAGUAAUUAGAUAUUUUGAUAAAAACGAUUAUUAAUAAUAAUAUUGAAAAGUGUGAUCUUAGUUAUAUACAAGU